ACGCAGCCGGUGCCCAACCCCAUCGCCUACUUCAUGCAUCGCUCGCCGUGGUGGUUCCAUCAGUUCGAGACCCUGGUCAAUCACUUCAUCGAGCUGGUGGUGCCCUUCUUUCUCUUCCUGGGACGGCGGAUGUGCAUCGUACAUGGCCUCUUGCAGAUCCUCUUCCAGGUUCUUCUGAUCAUAAGUGGGAACUUGAGUUUCCUCAACUGGCUGACCAUCGUGCCCAGCAUCGCCUGCUUCGACGACGCCAGCCUGGGCUUCCUCUUCAGCUCCAGGCGAGGAGGGGUGAAGGAGCGGGUGGCACAGAUGCAGCUCAAAGAGGCAACCAGGGAGCAGCUUCCCCUGGGCUGCUAUGUCCGCAGAGUGGUGAACAUCUCCUUUGGCCUCCUGAUUGCUUAUCUCAGCAUCCCGGUUGUCCUCAACCUGCUCAACUCCAGACAAGUCAUGAACACCUCCUUCAACCCUCUCAGGAUAGUGAACACCUACGGAGCUUUCGGGAGCAUUACCAAGGAGAGAACAGAAGUUGUCCUUCAGGGCACGUCCAGCCUCGAUCCCAAUGACCCCACUGCUGUCUGGGAGGAGUACGACUUCAAAUGCAAGCCUGGGGACUUGAAGAGGAGGCCGUGCUUCAUCACCCCCUACCACUACCGCCUGGACUGGCUGGUGUGGUUCGCUGCCUUCCAGACCUAUGAGCAGAACGAAUGGAUAAUCCACUUGGCUGGGAAGCUGCUGGCCCAGGAAGAGGAGACCUUGUCCUUGAUGGCAACGAACCCGUUUGCAGGCAGAGCACCCCCACGGUGGAUCAGAGGAGAACACUUCAAGUACAAAUUCAGCCGACCUGGGGGCCAGCACGCCAGCGAGGGGAGGUGGUGGAUUCGGAAGAGGAUCGGCCCUUACUUCCCCCCCGUCAACCUCCAGGGCCUGAAGAAGUUUUACGCAGACAGGAACUGGCCGUACGCGGUGCGGGAGUGA